AUGUCUACUGAAAGUGAAGCAGUUCAGAACAGUUCAGAGCAUGAUAGCGUAAAGAAACAGGCUAUGAUAUAUGAAGAUGCAGAUCAGAGACAAAGAGUAAUGGAGGAUCAGCAGAUGAGAUACCAUCAGAGUGUCAGUCCACCACCUCAUCCGAUGAUGUAUCGGCAUGGAAUGGAACAGCUUAUGAUGCGUCAAGCGAUGCCUCGUUCGAUCUCUCCACGUAUACAACCUACCGAAGAUUCAGAUCUUACAGAUGCAAUGAUUUUUCUUAAUAGAAUCAAAGAGGAGUUUAAUGAUAAUUUGCAUGUUUAUGAUAGCUUUCUAGAGACAAUGAGAGACUUUAGAUUCGAAAAAAUCGAUGCCGAAGAAGUUUGUAAGGCUGUGAGAAUUCUUUUCAAAGACAAGCCUCAUCUGAUUCGCUUGUUUGAUGAGUAUCUUCCUCAUCAUUUAAGAUAUUCAGAUAUGAGUAGAAGUUAUGACAUGCAAAUGCCAGAGAGACAUAAAAAUGCCUCAUUUAGAGGAUCAGGAUUUAUUCCUAAGCCACCUGCUCCUAUGCAUGUGGGUCAAAUUCCACCUGGAUCUGCUUUGCAUAUCAACAGAAUGGGGCAUCCAAUACCAACACAUCCUUCGUUUAUUGGGAGGUCUGUCAGACAAAGCCCUCCGCCUCAGAUGAAUGUUCCUCAAGAAUCUCAGUCGAGAUUCAAAGCUACAGCACCCCAGCAACCACAGUCACCAAGACAUAAAACCGCACACGAUUUUGUACAGCAGGUUAAGAAAAGAUAUUUAAAUAAGCCAUUGAUAUAUAAACAAUUCGUAGAUCUGCUACAAAACUCUAAAAAUAGCUUUGAGAAACUCUAUACCCAAGUAAGUGCAUUGCUCUGUGAUUCACCUGAUUUAAUUGAGAAAUUUGAAAGGAAUUUUAAGACUCCACAAUCUCCAGAUGGAAUGAUGUAUACAAGCGACAGAGAUCCUCUCAGAAAGAUUAAACAGAGGCUGCAGAGCAAGGCAAUCUUGAACAAUUCUUGA